AGGCACCAGCAACCCUCCUGACCCCACUAAGGGACAAGGGUGAACAGAAAAUGGAUGGAUGGACUUAAGGGACAUAUUAAAAUAUUACUGUAGAUUUCUGCAAAUAUAUUGCGCUUGACCACACAAGUGUAAAAAUUUCACAUUUUCAUCAUUGCAUAUUUCUUGAGUUAGAUCUUUUUUUCUUCUAUUUUUAGAAUUUUAAUUUUGUUUAUUUAAUCUUUUUUUUUUUUACCUUUUUUGCCAUUUGAAAGUAGAUUUUUUUUCUACCCGAUGUUGUACUUCCCCAAGUUUACCACUUGGGGGCGGUGGUGUUGCUGGAAGAGUCAAUGAAUGAGACUGCAAAAGGACGGGAGGCUCAGACAAUGGAUGCGAUUAUCUCGCGUCUGCACCACAUCCCUCCGUGUUAUUGUUGAUCCAGGCCCGCCCAUACUCCACAGCAUCUCCGGGAAAGCCGAGGACAAUACUUAUCUAUUCAUUACAAGAUAGGAAGGUGAGUCUGCUGAGGAAGAAGGAAGAGAUGUGGACAAUAUUAGUAACCUGCGUAUAAAUAUUGUUUCUAUAAAGCAACGGAUGCUCGAAUAUUCUUAAUUAAGAAGCUCCAUUUGCUGUGAUGGACUUUCCAGGACAUUUCCAGCAUAUUUUCAAACAGCUCAACCACCAGCGCCUGCAUGGCCAACUAUGUGACUGUGUGGUGGUGGUUGGUGGUCAGAGCUUCCAGGCCCACUGCUCCAUCCUGGCUGCCAGCAGCUCUCACUUCAGGGCUCUCCUCAGCUCCAUUGAUGAGGGCUCAGGAGCUCAAGGAGAAGGAGCCCGCCAUGUGUUGGAGCUGGAUCCGGAGGUUGUGACACCAGAGGCCUUCUCCACCCUCCUGGACAUGAUCUACACCUCCUCCCUUUCCUUAGGGGCCUCCAAUGACAUGGACGUGUUGUUGGCUGCAUCCCAUCUCCACCUCAAUGCCGUGGUCAAAGCCUGCAAACUGCACUUGUCCAGGAAAAACUUUCCUGCCUCAGCACCUAAAGGCUGGAGGUCAGUGCAGCAUCACCAGCUGCAGCAAAGUCUGUGCUCUCAGGGGAAAACCGUUCCACAGCAUCUGGUAACCUCAGCCACAGAGGAAGACUCUGAGAUAGAAGAUAUGGGAAUGGAGGUGAGUCAAUCUGGAGAGGAUGAAAGCCAAGGCAUGGAGAGGAAUGAACAAUUCACAGCACAAUUUUUGAGACAAAAACGAAAGUCAGAUGAGGAGCUCCUUGGUGACAAGAAGAGGAUGUUUAACUACAAAGAGUGUUCACCCACUGUGACCAGGAGCACAGAGGAAAGAGGAGAACAUCUUUCAUCAUCAGGCUGCCUGAAGACGACUGGCAGGCAAUGGGACAACCGAGGUGACGAUGAAGAUGAGGAGGAAGAAAAAUAUGAGGCAACCAAGGGAGAGUUGGAAGAAAUCCAGCUGCCGUCUCAGUCAGACAGCAGCACAGGAGGGGCCGGAGUGUGGAAAAAGGCUGAUGAUACAGAUGGAGACACUGGGGUUAAAGUUCAAGUUGGAGAAGAGGAGCAGGAUGAACCAAAGAUACUGAUUGAGGUGAAAAUGGAAAAUAUGAGCUCCUACUCCAAUGAUUUAGACACAAUACCAAACAACUCUCCUCCAUCACCACUAGAGGCGCAAAUUGGUGAUGAAAAAAUGAACAUGGCUCACCCAGCAGAGGCUGAUGGUGUAACGUUAUCAUCACAGCUGUGCACAGAUGUUCACACAGAUACGUUGACAGGCUCUGGAGAUCUUGGUGGGGACACAGUGGACGGUGAAGGCCUGGACAGCUUCUCUGAACUUGCCUUUUCCUGCUUUCUCAAUCCCAGCAGUGAAAGUGUAAUGGGAGCUUUGGGGGAAGAAGAUACUCUAGCUAGUUUGACAGCUGCUGCUACUGCUGCUGCUGCCGCCAGUGAUGCUCCUACAGUUCCUGGAGAUGCAACGACACGGAGUCAAAUGGCAGAAGAAGCAAGUACGUCUUCUGUCCAGCCUUCCGACUCUUCAUCAUCUCUUGUUUUUCCAGUAACCCCUGUCCCUUUGCAGCAGAUUCUCCCAACUCAGAGCUCUGGAUUCAGUGAUACAAUCAUCCUCCAACCCAAUCAGAACUCCUUGGCAGGGUUCUUGAGCGGCAUCAGACCAAGUCUCAGCCUGGACGCCUCGCUCGUCCAACCCUCGAGGGCCGGAAAAAGCUCUGGGGCUCCGACUUUCCGUCGCAUCGCCCCCAAAGUAUUGCCUGGAUCAGAAACUUGCACAGACACUCCCUCUGGAACAGCAGGUGAUGGUACAGAUAGGCCAAGCCUGACUAGAGCUUCUGAGGAUGUACUCUCAAAGUGCAAGAAAGCUGCUGCUGAGGACCACGUGCUGCUGGUGGAAGGGGAAAAGAAAUACGCCUGCAAGAUCUGCUGCAAGACCUUCAUGAACCUGACGGACUGUAAGAAGCACAUUCGCGUCCACACUGGAGAGAAGCCCUAUCCUUGUCCAAAGUGCGGCAAGCGCUUCAGCCAGUCCUCCCACCUCUAUAAACACUCAAAAAACACCUGCAUGAAUUUUAAAGAUGAUCAGGCCUUCUCAGACUCUCUGCUUUAAUCUGUGCAAAAAACACAAUUUGGUCAAAGUCAUGAACGUUUAUCAUACUGAACUCGUAAAAUUCUUAACUUUAUCUGAUAU